AUGAGCGUCAAUGAGCAGGUGGAUAAAUAUUAUGGUCGAGCAACAGGAAUUAAUUUAAAAAAUGAUCGAUUAACUAAACAUGAUGAAUUAGAAUCAAAUAAAUAUCACAACAAACAUAUUUAUAAUAUUAUCCAACGUGAUUCAUAUCGACAACAUAAUGUAUUUUUGAAACGUGAACUUGAAUAUUCAAAUGGAGAGAAUGCGCCUUAUCAACGACCAUUUGCCACAAGAAAACGUUACGCACAUUUGACAAAAAAAACAGUAACUGCUUCACCAUUGUGCAAAAGUCAAUCACCACCACCAGAGCAACUAAAUGAAGAUGGCGAACAAGAACGAGAACAAUGGAGACCAAAUUUAGCAUCACAAAGUCAUACAUCAAAUAUCCCAAAAUCAACAAAUCCUCUUGAAAGACUAGCAUUAACUGACGAUGAUCUGCCUGAUAUAACAGUCACUUCUCAACAACAACAACAACAACAACAAUCCCAUUUCAUACUGUCAAAAAAAAUUCGUCAAUCGUUCUCGAAAUUAAGUCCAAUAAAACACAACUAUUAUGCAGAUAAAACUUCAAUAAGUUCAAAACCAUCAGACAAAGAAGUUCGUCAAAAUAUUAUUUCAGGAAAAAUUCAAUGUGCGAACAAAGACUAUCAACAAUGUAAAUUAGCUCACGAUGACAUUAUUCGAAUACAACUCGUUGAUUACAUUCAAACACGAAAAUCUUUCAUAAAAACAACAUCACCUGCUACUUUUUCACAAUUAACCUUCUACCAACAUAUAGCCAUGAUUGAAUUACAUGAUCAGAAAGAUUUUCCACUCGAUUUUGAAAUUAAAUUUUUCAAACCAGAACAAAUUCCAUUGCUACAAAUUGGUCUUAUUGUCCAAAUAUAUAAGAAACUAGUAGGUAGUAGUGAAAAAACAAGAUUAAUUUAUGCAAGUCAUAUAAACCGAAAUUUAAAAGAGAAUAAAAAUAAUAUAAUCAAAGUAUCUUUAGUUAAACAUGCAUUCAAACAUGCAUCAUCGUAG